CCUGUCGCCAAUGAUUCCAUCACAAAUAAGCCUGCAUCUCAAAAGGCCUCUCUUUAUUAUACAUGUCGAUCAGUCCUUCAGGGAUUAGCUGCCGUACCUGGCUUCGAAAUCUAUCUCAACCCAGAACAACCUCAGGACAGCGACACUAUCACAAACACAGAUCCACUCAACAAAUUAUGGUCUAUAUGCAGACAAGGUGACAGUCUUUGUCUCUUAUACAACACCCUCAUGCCUGAUACACCCAUUGUUAUCCCUCGAUCCGACCCAAAGAUUGUUAUCAAACCCAAAGCAUACGUAUACCACUUCAUUGUAGCCUGUAGAGAUCAACUUCAUUUCUCAGAAGAAUCUCUCUUCACCCUUACAGAUCUCUGGCAAAACGAUACCAAUGGAUUUGUGAAGGUUGUCGAUACUCUAAAACGUAUUCUCGAUUUAUUAGAAGAUCAGGGCAUCAUUUCGAUCCACACAGCCACUAAUAGAAACUCGGAUCCAAAUGCACCUAAAAACAUGCGAGACAAAGUCGUUGUAGAAUUUUUAGAAACAGAACGUAAAUAUGUCCAAGACCUAGAAACCCUCCAAAAUUAUAUGCGUGAGGCUCAAACUCAAGAUGUUCUCCCGCGAGACACACUUCACCAUCUCUUUGGCAACCUAAACGCUCUUGUUGAUUUUCAGAGACGCUUUCUUAUUCAGCUCGAAGACAACGCAGACCGUGCUCCGCAGGAACAGCGUUUUGGCAACAUGUUUAUCCAACUAGAGGAGGCAUUUGCUGUCUAUGAGCCUUUUUGCGCUAAUUUCCAAAGAGCGCAAGAUUUGGUAUUACAGGAAGCCAACAAGCUCCAGAAGUUAGCCGAUAUAUUGAAUCCAGUGUAUGAGCUCCCAUCUAUGCUAAUCAAACCGGUUCAACGUGUGUGCAAGUAUCCUCUACUGAUGCAAGAAAUAGUUAAGAGCACACCUGAAGAUUGGGCGUAUUCAGACGAAAUGAAAGCUGGUCACGCUGCUAUUCAGAGAAUAGCCAAUAAUGUCAAUGAAACUAAAAGAUGUCAGGAGAACGAAUUGAUUGUGGAAGAUCUCAAGCGACGAAUUGAAGGCUGGAAAGGGCCCAUCGAAAACUUUGGACUCUUGUUGCUUCAGGACACAUUCUUUUUGAUGGGAAAUGAUGCCGGUCGAGAGAUGACAACUUUCCUAUUUGAAAAAACUUUGCUUAUUUGUAAAGAAGAGAUUGAUGCGGGCAAGAAAGCGAAUGGAAUGAUGAAGAAAAAGAGGAAAGAAAGCACCUUGCAAGUAAAGGGCAAGAUCAUGAUUUCAAAAAUUGCCCAAGUAGCAGACACCAGCAGUCAAGGUAAAUUAACUACAGAGAUUGAAUUGAAUAGAAAGUUGGGCUUGCGUGUCUGUGUAUGCCGCAACAAUGAGCAGCUGAAACGAUGGGAAUCUCUUCUUAACAAACGGAUCCAGGCUGAUAAACGCAUACAGGCUGAAAAGGGUCUUUCACUUGAGAUGAGAGCUGAUAGCCGUUCUUCUCCUUCAUUGCCCCAAACCCCUCUUGUUCAGCCUAAAACUGCCCUUCUUUCAACCACAUUUGUUUCACCUGAAAGCCAAUCCCAGCAUUUCCAUCAUACCCGCGUUAGAUCACAAAGCAGUCCUAAUAUUCACCCACCUAAUGGCCUAUUCGACAAUGCCCCAGACAUGCCAACCAUCAACUCUAGGACCCUUUAUCAGUCCAAGAGAUCAAGUAAUGGAUUUGAAGAUAGGCCUGGCCAACCAACAAUAGAAGAAGAUACCCAAAUUAAGGUUCACUUUAUGGGCGAUGUAUACGUUGUGAUGGUCUCAAUAGACAUUCCAUACAACGUGCUUUUAUACCGAAUCGAGCAUACCUUGCGUCAAUACGGCCGUGAGCUGGAUGCAACGUUUAGUAUCAAAUAUCAAGAUGAAGACGGUGAUUUGAUUACCAUCAGCUCAGACGAAGACGUCCAGAUGGGAUUUGAGACUCGAAGC